CAGUUACGUUUCCGCUUCCCUGGCGGGUGCCGGGAAAACAGGAGGGAGGCUGCGCGUGCGUCCGUGGACGGGUCGCUUUCCAGCUGCUCGUCCUGGCGCCUGCGCGGCGCCUCCCGCCCUUUCCUCCUCCUCCUCCUCCUCUCAGCCUCCGCCGCCGCGAGGGCCCGGCCGCUGCUCGGCGCCCCGCCCCGCCCCGCCCCGGGUCGGGGAUGCGCUGCUCGGCGGCCGCCCGUAGGAGCUGCGCGGCGGGCGGCGAGCGGGAUGGAGGUGGAGGAGGCGUUCCCGCUGGUGGGGCAGAUGGGACCCUACCAGGUGUACCUGUGCGUCCUGCUGGCCGUGCUCCUCCAGCUGUAUGUGGCCACUGAAGCCAUCCUCAUUGCAUUGGUGGGCGCAACUCCUCCCUACCACUGGGAUCUCCAAGACCUCUCAGCUAAUCAGAGCCAUAGCAACCAGUCAGUGAGUGAGCAGAGAGCUUUUGGGGAAUGGCUUCUAACCGCCAAUGGCAGCGAGGUGCAUAAGCAUGUACACUUCAACAGCAGUUUCACAUCAAUAGUCUCUGAGUGGUUUUUAAUUGGCAGCACAUCGUACAAAGUCAGUGCAGCCAGUUCUUUCUACUUCAGUGGCGUGUUUGUUGGAGCAAUCUCCUUUGGCCAGCUCUCGGAUCGCUUCGGGAGGAAGAAAGUCUAUCUAACAGGUUUUGCCCUGGACAUCUUGUUUGCCAUUGCAAAUGGAUUCUCACCCUCAUACGAAUUCUUUGCCAUCUCUCGCUUCUUGGUAGGGAUGAUGAAUGGUGGGAUGUCACUGGUGGCCUUUGUUCUGCUGAAUGAGUGUGUGGGUACUGCCUACUGGGCGCUAGCAGGUUCUAUUGGCGGCUUGUUCUUUGCUGUGGGAAUUGCCCAGUAUGCUUUAUUAGGCUACUUCAUUCGUUCCUGGAGGACUCUGGCUGUUGUGGUUAAUCUGGAAGGAACAGUUGUCUUUCUUCUCUCUCUAUUCAUUCCAGAAUCCCCUCGCUGGCUGUAUUCACAAGGCCGACUGAAUGAAGCAGAAGAUGCCCUCUACCUCAUUGCAAAGAGGAACCGCAAGCAGAAGUGCACUUUUUCAUUAAAACUCCCAGUAGAGAGGAGCUCCAGAGAGGCUGGCAGCUUCUUGGACCUGUUCAGAUAUAAGAUUCUCUUGGGACGCACCUUGAUCAUGAUGUUUACCUGGUUUGUGUGCAGCUUGGUUUACUAUGGUCUUACCCUUAAUGUGGGUGACUUAGGUGGAAGUAUUUAUGCCAAUUUAGCCCUUUCAGGGUUGAUAGAAAUCCCAGCAUACCCAAUCUGUAUUUACUUGAUUAACCAAAAAUGGUUUGGUCGGAAGCGAACUUUGAGUGCAUUUCUGUUCCUGGGAGGAUUGGCUUGUCUUAUUGUCAUGUUUCUUCCUAAAAAGAAAGAUACUGGAGUGUUUGCAGUGGUGAAUAGUCGCUCUCUGUCGUUGCUGGGGAAAUUGACAAUCAGUGCCGCAUUUAACAUUGUCUACAUCUACACAUCAGAACUUUAUCCCACAGUGAUCAGGAAUGUUGGAAUGGGUGCCUGUUCCAUGUUUUCCCGUGUUGGUGGAAUCAUUGCUCCUUUCGUCCCUUCAUUGAAAUCUGUACAGUGGUCUCUGCCUUACAUUGUGUUUGGAGCAACUGGUCUUUUGUCUGGGCUCUUAAGUUUAUUGUUGCCAGAGACCUUAAACAGCCCUUUGCUAGAAACUAUUUCAGACCUGCAGGUAUGCUCGUACUGGAGGCUGGGUGAUGAAGCUAUGUCAUUGCAAGCCCUAGAUGGCUCACAGUCUGGGGACAAAGACAGUUCUGCAGGGAGUGGAAGUGAAGAUGAGGAGUUUUAUGAUGCUGAUGAAGAGACUCAUAUGAUCAAGUAAUGAAGAGAAGAAACACUGGCCUAUUUUAUGCCUUUUCUUACUUGUCCAGUCAGUCCAGGUAUAAGACGAGUACUGAGGACCUUGCCUGUCAGGGAAUGUAAUUGGGCAAGUGCCUGUGUUUUUCCUGACUAGGAGAGGGGGUUGAGUGCUGCUCAGACUAAUUACACCACUGAUGCUCUCUGUAUAAGACAGCCCGUUUGAAUUCUUGUGGUUCAGAAUGACAGCACACAGACUGCAUUUGAAGCUAGGUGAGACAGUGAGGGUGGGAUCAUGUAUUUCUGAAGCCUAGGAAAUUACCUAGGCUUAGAUGGAUUUGGACAGGUCAUCAAUGGACAUGUUUGUUAUUUUAUUUUCAAGGUGGUUGAUUUUGAUUCAGUAUAAAUUGAUAAACUUGGAAACAUUCACUGUUUGUUUUCUGCAGAGCAUAAGUGGUCACAGAAUGUGCUCUGUGCUACUCUACUGAGAACAAAUUCCUGAAACUGUAUGUUAAAAGGGCUUCUGCUUAUUGAAUAGGGUAGAGGCAACUAUGAACAUACGGUUUCUCUCUCUGCACGCAGACACCUGUGUGGAGUUAGAAUGCAGCUGGUCAGUCAUGAGCUGUGCAUUAACUUAGUGAUAAUGGAAGGUUGAGAGGAAAUACUACAGAAAAGAGCAACCAUAAUGCCUGCAUACAUGAAGGACUACUGAUUUUUUUUUUUCUUUUCAUCCACCAGGCAUUUUCUUGGGCUGUCUUAUGCAUACAUUUGCCACAUGUUCCCCACAUCUCAGCACUGCUGUUUUAUAGCUUUGCCUACUUUUACCUUGUCCUCACGUUGCCAUAAAUAUUGAAGUUCAACAAGUUCUCUCUCUGGUGAAAUAAUUCUGUGAAGGAUGUAAUUUCAUGGGUGGGACAUAAGUGAGGUAUUUAUCACAUACUGUAGGUGUGAGGUGUGUGUCAGAAUAUAUAGCUCACUUUUUUGUGGACCUAUCUGUGUCUUUAUUUCUGGAAGAAACUUAACUCUGAAGUGGUAAGAGGAAUUAUGGGUUGCUGUUGCCAGGAAGCUGCUAGUAUUUAUUUUAAAUUCUUGUGUGUAGAAAAGGUCUAAUUUAAAAAACAAAAAAGGGGGUGGGCAAACCUCUUUGAGACAGCAUUUGGUUACUUGACAUUGUUUCUUAACCAGGUGCUUGCUUAAGCACUUGGUUAUUCGACCUUUUUGAGGAAGGCAACUUCCCUCUCCUGUUUACACUGAACUUUCUGUACGUGCUUCAUUAGAGGGAUAGGAAACCUCAAAAUAUGAACAUGCGAAAUAUAGAUGAGGCCUUACAAGGAUUCAGUUCUCUUGAUUACAUUGUCAUCUUCAUCCUCUAACCUGUGGGUUUCUGUUUAUUAAGAUUGAUUUCCAUAGAAUGUUUGUUAGUCUUUAUACUUGGAUUCCUAGCAAAGGGCCACACAAUGGCAGCAAAUAUAUCGUCAAGCUUCCUAGCCAUUUUUGUGGAUGUUAGACUAAAAUUAUUGUAUUGAAAAAAAAAUUAAAUAAAAAAGCUGACUGCUGAAUAGUUUCUGAUUUAAACUGGGCAGCUCCUUCACUCUGAAAGGAAGUGAAAGUAAACAGCAUCUGAAGUUUGCAGCUAGCUGCUUGAACUUUGUUCACUGGGAACUGUAAUGCUGAGCAAAGUACAGCUACCCUGGUUGCUGCAGAGGGCAGCCUAGAGACUGCAGGUUCAUGUGUGCAGUGUUCCCACUUGGCCCGAGCUUGAUCCAGGCACUGACUGUAAGCAAAGUUGGGAACUUCAUUCCCUAUGGACAAUGUGUCAGUAUUGUGAUUUUUGCCUGUGUUACGAGCUUCAGUAGAAUUCUAGCCUGCCAUCUUCACUUUGUUUUUUCUGGGUUGUUGAAUGGUGUUGUAGAUGUGGCAGGGGACUUUCAAACCCAGCUGGAUACUCUUUCUGCCUCAUUUGGCCCUUUUGUAUGCAAGAAAAUAGCAUCAAAUAAGUUACUUAGAAAUACUUGGAAAGGUUGAAUCUACUUGUUUAAAGAAUUUUUUUAGUUUUGUGUUCAUGGUUUGAAUUAUAGACAGCUGGAAAAAAUGACUUUGUUUUGUUGCUGAUGGCUUCUAAAUAAAUAAAACCUGCUGGCUUAGAAGCAAACAGUGAUAAGCCUGGUGGUAUUAACAUGCUGCCAAGACCCAACAGGUUUUUUUAGGUGUUUGCUGCCUCUGUCCCCCUUUGGAUGGUAGGUAGAGUAUGUCACCUGAGAGGCAGACAGGAACUUGUUAGCCUUCCUGCCUCCAUAGUUUUACUGACAUUAUCUGUUACUGGCCAGCCUGGUCAUGCCAUGGGACACCUCAACAAAAUUUUCAUUAGAACAGUAGGGUGCUAUAAUGCUUCAGGUGGAAGAGGUCACUCUUUGCAGGAUCUGAGCAGACUUUUGUGACAGUACUCAAUUUAUAACUAAACUUACCUCUCCACUCAUGCACUUUGAUAUUAUAAGUAUACAUGUGUAAAAUUGCAAAAAUGAAUGAAGAAAACAUCAGUAUUCUUUUCCAUAAAGGUUGCUCUUCUUUUAGCCUUAAAUGUGUCCCAUGUUUGCACCUUUGGAAUUUUAAAGGGCAGCAUCAUUUUUGUGUGAGCCAUAGGAACCCUCUAUUGUUACUUUCCUUGGACAGUUAAUUCAGAAAUUUUAUAGGAGGGAAUCCCUCCAGGAGAAGCUCAGCAAUGUACUAUCAGGCUUCUUACAAUUACUUGCUCUACUGCUUUGUGUUCUGAGGUCCAAAUAUGUUAGGUGCAUUAAGGUUCUUUUCAGAGAGGUUUGUUUUAUAAGAACUGGCCUUUUGGUACAGAAACCUGUAGGACCACUUUUUUCUUACUCAUAGAGUGAAAUGCUUUAUAAUAUUGAGACACUUGUGCUAUAUGUAGCAGUCACUGGGGAGAGAUGCUGCAGAGUGUUUUGUAGCCUGUGAUCAGCAUUUUCUGUAUCCAGAUAGAGCGUUACUGCUAAGCAGUAGUUCUUCACUAGAACAGUACCUGCUGUUGUGGGUCUCACAACCGUGUUACCUGAAAGCCCAAAUCAGAAGGUCAGAGAGAACUUGUGUCUUUGAAGUUGUGUGUAAGAGGUCUGCAUAGGCCCAAUUAAUAAAUCUCAGUGUUUGGGCAGUAAAUUUUCCCAAAGGAGCUACUGGAGAGCAGAGGCUGAUACAGUACUAGAUGUAUCAUAGUUCAUGACAUACUGUAAUGCUAAGAGUCUGAGACCCAAUAUCCUUGCUAUAGUUGAGUGAAGUGUGACAACCUUAUCCCACAUUUUUUUUUACUAGAGUAGCUUUGUAUACUAAGCAGCCUGCACUUGUAACUGGUUUGUGCUGUGCAGGAACUAGGAUACCUAUGCCCAAGAUGAGAAUUCCUUCCCUGGAUUCCUUUGGGUUUGUAGCUCUUACUUUUUUCAGCUGGCUCACUCUGGGAUUAUGCUAGGGAUGAGAGGGGCUUUCCCGUGGUGCUGAUUAGUCAGAUCUUAUACUGUCUCAGGUGAUGGAUGUUUGGGAUUCUGAUAUAUGGGGACCUCACAAGUGAUACUUUAAUACAGCUAGGAGUGAAGGAGAGUGAUAGGUCAUAUGAGACAGCAUGAAGGAGAAUUAGCUGGAGGGAGUCGAAAGAAUAGAGGAUUCAACAGAAACACUUUAGGGCAAGUGAAAACACAAGAUAGUAGACAUUGGGUGGAAAUACCCUUCUUGGUGCUUGUGUUGACUUGAAGAUUCUUCUUUCAGAACUAGCAUUGGUUCCAGGAUGUCCUGUUGAGAACACCAGUUUCCUAAUUUCCUUUUCAAUGCCAGCUUUUGUUCAGUACUACUGCUUUAGUGAUGAAACAUUUCUUUUAAUCAAUAUAAAAUGUGGCAUGCUUCAUUCUUGGACUCAGCUUUUCUAUUAAAUGGCCUGUCACUAAAAUAAUUAAAAUUUGUAGAGUCCUCUUUUGGAGACUGCUGUAUAACUGCUUAUCGCUUUAUUUGCCAGCUUCCCUUUAGAAAGGUAGGAAGAUUAGAAUUAUUUGAUGCAUUUUUGUCACACAACUUCUUGUGAAGUGAUACUUCAGCCUUCUAAAAGGAUUUUACUAUCCUGUCUAUUUUUGAUAGGCUGAAAAGAAUAGAAUAGGGAAGCAAUUUGACAAGUCUCUUUUUAAAACUACGUCCCCUGAAAACAAAGCUUUCCAUUUAGGGAUUGGGAAAGUGCUGUUCAGAGACUCCCUGACAGACCAGAAACUUAGAAGCUGUGUGUUAAAGGAGGGUCACAGGUGACUUGGUGUUCAGGUCAGGGUUCUGGGUGAAGAACAUGCCCACAGCUCUCCAGAGACACCUAAUUAACGUGGAGCAGGUUGUAGCUAGUGACCACCUUUGUUACCGUCAAGGCUUUAAGGAUUGCAGCCAUGUGCUCCUCUGCUCACAGUGCACAAGCCAUGUGAGGGUUUCCAGACAGUAUGGAUGUACUGAGGUUAGCAGAAUAUCCUCUGCAGAACCAUGGGGAAUGCAGCUGAGCUGUUAGUUUUCCAGCCUAUUUCACCUGAGCGCAUAAAAGCAGUUCACAAGAGAAUGUUUUUGCUGUACUGAGGAAAAGGAGAAAGUGAGAAACAAACUUUUCUUGGAAUGUGUUAAUAAACAUUUGAGCUAAAACUCUUGUUCCUGAGUCUUCUGCACAAUCACCAAAUGCAGAUUUGUUUAGUAGUAUUCUGUUUUAGCUGAAGGAUGGCGUUCUAUGUAUGCUUUUUCCCACCCUGCUAGAGCUUCUUUGACCGUGCUCUUUGUCACAGCUGAAUCUAGGCAUCUGUGCAUUCAAGUUGUGAGCCUUGCAGUAAAUAUGUCAGAAGAGCCCAAGAGCGGUGCUGUCACUUCAUGAUAGAAGUUAGUCUGGCCUGACAUACUUAAUGCCUGUGUCAGAAAUGUCUAUAUUCAACUGUUUACCAAACAGGCUUAGGGUAUACUGUAUUUUGAGUCUCAUUGCUUGUAUCUUACUACAAGAUGUAUUAAGUGAAAAAAACAUACCUACAUAAGAGAACCUAUGUGACAGAUUGAAAUGUAGGAUUGGAGGGUGAACAAAUUUAUACAGAAUUUUUCCAUGCUAUAUAUUUUUAAUGCCUUGUCCAGUCUAUUGUAGCCUUCAGAUUUUCCAGGUGCUACCAUUAUUUCAGUCUAAUAGAGCUGUGUAAACCAUUCACCCUGACAGUAUGAAUUUAGGGAACUCUCUCAUCUUACUUUUGGUACUACUUGCUGUUUCUGUCAUUGUGAAAAAAGCUCCUGUAUUGCCUAAUGGGGAGCAGAUUUUUCUGUUCUAAUUAGAAGUGCCUGUUUUAUAAAAGUCAUCUUUAAUUUCCCCAAUCAACUUGAUAUGGGACUGUGUGUAAAGUAACAUCAUAGAAUUGGAUUACUCUAGUGCCAAAGACAGUUUUUGCUGGACAGCAAUGGUCCAAAACUAGUUGUAGCUGCAUUCAUUUGGAAUUCUUCCAUGCAACCUGCUAAAACUGGUAUUUACAAGCAUCUCCAGAGCUUUAGGGGACAGAAAGAAUGUUACCUUUGUUUGCUUGUCUUUCAUUCCUGAGUUUGCUUAAGUAGCUUUUGUUUCUGAGAAACCAAAGAAAUUAAAUGAAGGAUUUAAGAUAAAGUGUAGGUUUUGUAGAACAUGCAGAAUUUGUACCACGUAGCUGUUAGAAAUCUGCAGAGCCUGUUUGCUUCUGAGUUGCAGAUGUCAAAGCUUACUCUAAGACUGAUAAAACCUGGUGAAAAACUGCACAUUGGAAUUUGUUAGUUCAUUCAUCAGCCUUACAAAUUAGCAUUGCUAAUAACAGCUUGCCUGGAGCUUCACAGGAUCCAACAGAUUUCUAGAAAAUGCAGUCUGUCUGAGGCAUUGCUAAAUAAUAAUGCCUUGACUUUAAAUCCCUAUUACAACUAAAAUUCACUGUAAGUCAGCCCUAUCAUGGCUGCUUGUUUGCCAGUAAAUAGGCAGGUGGCUAAAAGUUUGUGCAGUGAGAGCUGGCUGCCCUAAUAAGAAUGGUUUCAAAGAAAUAAUCUGCUUUCUCCGGUGUGUAUGCAGAAUGAAGUGGGACCAUGGGGUGUAAGGGUCCUCUCAUAUACAGCAAGCUUAUAGAAUGGAGUAUGUUUAAAUAAGUAUUUGCCCACCCUCAUUUACAGAAGGGUUGUAGAGGAAACAGUUCUUUAGCAUGCAUGUCACUGCUUCCCACCAAGACAUCUGAGGUGCUUGUGUUAUGCCUACUUUAUCAGGAGGCAGGCAAAGAGUAUGGCAGUAAGAAAACCUUUGCCAAUACUGAAAAUUAUAUUUACUUAAAGGUGUCCCAUGAGAGGUAUCUGGCACAUCUGUGUUCAAACAAAAUGUUUUUAAAUGAUGGAAACAUGAUUGGGAGACCAGCAUUUCUGUUGUUAGUUUGUAGGGGGGAAAAAAAAUAAUCAGUGUUGCACACACUGAUAAAAAUUGUUACAGAGCAGACAACUGCUGGGUGAUUUUGAUAAAAGAAUUUAUUGUGGUUGCUGUGAUUUCAAGUACACAUCUGAAGGACUGGUUUUGAGUACUUGAUCCAUGUCACUCCUCAAAGUCUAACCCAAACUUUACUUUGUUCUUGUUAAAAUUUAAGUCAUGUAGAGAUUGGAAGAAUAUUUUUCAUAUGGAGACUUCUAUUGCACUACUUUUCCUUCCUGAAUCUAAUAAUAUUUUGAUUUUUAAGCUACCUCUUUAUGUUGAGCUUUUUUGUCAAUUUUGUAUUUAAUUUUUAGGAAAAUACAAAAUAGUUCCCUUUUUUUAUUUAUGUGGGAAUCCAUUACUUUAAACAGAAGGAGGGCUUGUGGUCUUUAAGUUUUUCUUAAAGGCCUUUUAAAUUUAGUUAAAAGACUUACGCUUUUAAAGGAGCAGAAUAAUGUACACACAGGAGAACCCAUGUUCUAAGUGUGUAUGUUUGCUCUUAGAAGGGUCAGAAAGCCCUUAAUUGUACCCUAACCUCAGUUGAGGGCAUGACUUUUUGGUGGGGGCAAUAAGAAGUUUUGAGUUGAGUUUUAAUUUAAUUUAUUGCUAAUUAAAGAGCUUUUAGUUACUGGUUCUGGUAUUGAAAGAAAAAAAUAAACAAAACACUGAGAGAAAACACUACUCCUCUCUUCCAGACACCACUCCUCCCUCUCUCCCCUAUGCCAUCCCCCACCCCAUGGGGUCUCCAAUUCCUUGGCUGCAUGUUAUGCUCAGUCCCUUCAGCAAGGCAAUAGGCAGCACAGGAGACUGGGAUCAGUCUGUUGUGCUUGCUGUUCUUUCACUGCUCCUUGUUUCUUACUCAACUGCUCUUGUGUGGGUUUAUUCACCAGCUGCAGUCCCUUUAGAGUUGUAGCUCUUGCUGAGUUUACUCUCAGCCUCUGCUCAGGCUAUGAUUUUCCAUUGGCAUUCCUCCUGCUCAGCUGUCUCUCCUCUCUGCUCCUCUUGUGCUGGCAUGCUGUUACCCUUUUUUUCCUCCUACUGCUAUAGCACUGUAAUCUCUCUUUCUUGGCAUUUUUGCCCUUUCUUAAACAUGCUUUUGCAGAAGUGCCAGAAACUCAUCUGACAGUGUUUAAGUGCCCACUGUGCCUGAGAGGCAAUGGACACUAAUUGAAACACAGGAGGAUCCAUCUCAACAUAGGGAAGCACUUUUUUACUGUGAGGGUGACCGAGCACUGGUAUGGGUUGCCUGGAGAGGUUGUGGAGUCUCCAUGCAUGAAGAUAUUCAAAAGCCAUCUGGACAUAGUCCUAGGAAGCCUGCUUGAGCAGGGGGGUUGGACAAGAUGACCUCCAGAGCUCCCUUCCAGCCUCGGCCAUUCUGGGAUUUCUGUGCUGCCCGUUGCUGAGCUGGCUGGGACCAGCAUGGGACAGUCCCUGGCUUCUUCCCACACAAGGCUCCCUGCAGCCCCCUUACUGCCAAAACCCUGACAGUUAUGCUCAAUAUUUGUCUGUACAGGGUUUUCUUGUAAAUCAAGUCCUUAUAGUUUGGGCUGACAGUUUUUGUGAGUGGUAGUUGGUACUGUAUUCCCUUUCUGUGUUACUGUGGUCUUAGGUCAGGACAAUUAAACUCCUAAGGAUAUAAUGAGACACCUAUGGCCAAGUUCUGUGUCUGGUUACACUUACAUUCCUGCUGAUUUUAGAAGACACAACUUCAAUCUCCACUUGACCAGAGGAGCAGCUAAAGGGGUAAACUACUUUCUUUCUGUUCAAGCCUUCAUCAUCAUGAAAACAAAUCUUUGUAUAGUCUCUGUAUCAUGUGGACUUUAUUGCUUCCUUAUGCCAGUUUAAUUUGAACCAACAUUCAAAAGUCCUUGCCAGUUGAGAGUUGAGUAACAGGAAAGUGGGAGUAGAGGGGAAUAGAUUCACUGCUUCAAAUAAAAAUCAAGUUGUGUAUAGUUGGUGUGCGUAUUUUUAAAUAUUUGAUUUGGAUUACUUGAAUACUGAGUGUUAUGAGCCUUCCCACGUUAAUAUGAGGACUGAUAUAUUUCAGAAGUACUUUGUCUUCUUUAAAUGUAUUAGUGUGCUGUUGUUAACUCAGAAUUGUGCUGCUGAAAAGUCUGUUUUUAAAACACUUGAUCAGAGAAGUCACAACUAAAGACAGCAUAAGCUUUUCCACAACAGACCUUUUAUGGUGGUAUAGUCAUAUGUUCUGUGAACAGCUGUUGGAUCCAUCUUCUUAAGAUGUUCUUUGCCAUAGGUGAGGGGCCAUAACAAAUAUUGUAAUAUUCAGCAUAAUUGCACUUAUCUAUUCUGUUUUCUUAACGUAUUUCCUAUGCAUACUGCCUUACCUGUAUGUACUGUACUUCACUGGAGGUACAGAAGGUAAAUAUCAGGUUCUUAAUUUAUAAAAUAUAAAUGAGUUCUAAAUAAUUCUGUGAUAUUACAUAUUUUCCAGUGUUAUCUGUCUUCUAAGAGGGUGAUGGUGGUAAGCCCAGGUGAAUUUAGUCAAAAGUUAAUAUUGGCAGUCUUUACAUUCUCACUUAAUUUCUGAAUUAUUUUAGUCAUCUGAAAUAUAGUUUUUGUUUUAAGAUUUUUGUAGAGGCUACCCUGUGUUAGUAAACCAACUUUCAGGUGAUUUGUAACAGCUCUGAUACUGCCUCUGACUCAUAGAAUUCAUAUAAUGUGUUUAACUUAUUUUGUGCCUUUGCUUCCCCUGACACAAAAUCUCUCAAUAAAAACAAGCUCUUUUGCAACACUGCAA